AUGGCGGACGCUGGCAAUGUGCUGAAGCGACCGCAUCCCGAAAACGAUGAAAGUAAUCUGCAGAAACGAUCGCGCUCCAACAAUGGCUCCCCUAUGCCCGGUAACGGCAGCAAAGGGGGCAUUAGCAAGGAAGAAAUUGAUAGGAUGGUGGCUGAGGCGUGUGCAAAGGCAGAGGCUGCUCGAGCAAAAAUGCAAGCCAAGAGAGGAGGAGGCACUCCCAUAGCAGCGACACAGUCAGCUUCACCGACGACUUCGUCAUCUGGCGUAGUUAGCCCAGCGCUUUCGAGACUGGAGCAAAUGAAAGCAAGGGUAGCAGCAGCUACGGGAAGGGUAAAUUCUACAGCCCAACAACGAACGCCUACUCCGUCUACAUUUAUGCCUCCAGUUCUUGAUGAUGGGUUAUCCCGGGCAAAAGGUGGUUUAGACGUUGGUCUGCAUCCCGCCCUACUAGGUGACACUACUCAAGAUUCGAAAUCGUCGAAAGGCAAACAAGCAAUGCAGCCUAAGUUUGCGACUACCAUGGCAAAUCGUCGAACAGAGUCGCCGGUCCCUUCAUUCAAGUCUGGCAAACAAAAAGCACAACUCGACCUGACCGCGCCCUCACUAGAAGAAACGAAGAACAACCCAUAUUUUGAUCCCAACCUUGGCGCGAAAAGUGCUAUAGCGAGACCUCGUCAGUCACGUCAGUUAGUAUUUAAUCAAAAAGGGAAAUAUAUUCAACAAGCAGCAGCGCUUCGACGUCUAGCUCAGCUCGAGAUUAUGAAAAAGAAAAUUGCCGAACGCGCACGCCAAGCGGGUGUAGACGAAGACUUGGAUGCCGAGAAAGCAUUUUUGGUUCCUGCUCCUCCCGCGAUCGAAUGGUGGGAUGAAGGUUUGGUCAAUGGUUCGGAUUAUUCAGUUAUUGAUGAUCCACAAAACCUCAAAGUUGAUACUCCAGACACCGUAAUCUCUAUAUAUAUUCAACACCCAGUACUCCUCGACCCACCACAGGAUAAAAACAUUCCAGCACCAAAGCCAAUGUUCCUUACGGCAAAAGAGCAAGCCAAAAUCCGUCGACAGCGACGGAUGGCAGACCUUAAAGAGCAACAAGCCAAAAUUAGACUGGGACUAGAGCCAGCUCCACCACCAAAGGUCAAAAAAUCCAAUCUUAUGCGUGUUCUAGGUGAAGAAGCUGUCAAGGAUCCAACCGCCGUCGAAGCUCGCGUCAAUCGGGAAAUCGCCGAACGAUUUGACAAACACGUGUCAGCCAACGAGGCGCGCAAGCUGACGAAGGAACAACGGCAUGAGAAACUCGCCACACAACAGGUUCAUGACGCAGCAAAGGGUAUAUAUAUGUCGGUGUAUAAAAUAGACAGUCUUGCCAACGGCCGACACCGGUUUAAAGUCAGUAAAAACGCAGAACAACAGAACCUCUCAGGAGUGUGCAUUAUGCAUCCAAAGUUCAACCUCGUGAUUGUCGAGGGCGGCCAUCAUUCUAUCACUGCCUACAAGAAGCUCAUGCUAAAUCGCAUUGACUGGUCUGAAAAUACACAUCCAAACAACGAUCGUGAAGCGCUGGCUUCGUGGCUUGCUGCGGAGGAUGAGAAAACGGGGGAACUGAAGGAUUUGAGCCAAAACACCUGUACGCUAGUUUGGGAAGGGGAAGAAAAAACUCGAGCAUUUAGAAAGUGGCUCGGGGCGCGUGUGUGUGAAACAGACGCUGCUGCGAAAGAUGCAUUAACGCGGGUUAAACUAGAGAACUUUUGGACAUUGGCGAAGAGUCUGAAAGCUGGGACAACAUGA